CAACAGCGUCCACACAGAUAUAACAUAAUAGGCAAUGGCAGAAAUGUAACCACAUAUAAGAUAAUCACAGACUGUAAAAAUAAACAGAUUAGGGUCAACACAUGCAGGGCUUUUGUCAUGAAGGGGCGUGUCACAUUCAUGUGCUACAUACAAGGUGAAAGAACUAUGUGAAAGACUGCUCCAUGUUCACAUUGCUUCUGUGACCUAGCUACUUCUGGAGCACUGACCACCAGAAAAGAAGCAUAAAAUAGCCAUUUUCAUCAAAAGGCAGGCUGUACGGAAUGAUGGCGGCUUCUUUGCUAAGGAUAGGACGACUGGGCUGUGUCAAGUGUGUGCAGGCUGAGACCUGGAGUACUCUGAGUAGAGCACCUGCAGCUGUAGCCUACAGCUCAAAAUCUGGUGGUUCCAAGAAGUCCUCAAAAAAGAACAACUCAGACAAAGACCAGGCCAAAACAUAUUUCGAUAUAGAGAAACUUGUCCAGCACAAGCCAUAUGAGUUUCCAAAGAAAGGCAUGUCUCCAGCAGCCGCUGCAGCAGCAGCAGAAGCUGCAGCCAAACCAGCCGCUGGGGUAGAAGCUGCCACCCCCGCAAUCAAAGAAGUCUCGCAAUCUGCCUCAGCAGUUGAAGCCACACCUGUGGUGGAGGCUGUCACUGAAGCUGUGGUUGAAGCUGUUGCAGAAGUCACACCUGUGGUUGAAGCUGUUGCAGAAGCUGCACCUGUGGUCGAAGCUGUUGCAGAAGCUGCACCUGUGGUCGAAGCUGUUGCAGAAGCUGUUGUUGAAGCUGUCGCAGAAGUUGCACCCGUUGUUGAAGCUGUUGCAGAAGCUGCCCCCGUUAUUGAAGCUGUCGCAGAAGGUGCCCCCGUUGUUGAAGCUGUCGCAGAACCUGUCCCUGAAGCUGCACCUGUAGUUGAGGCUGUGCCUGAAGCUGCCCCCGUGGUUGAGGCUGUUGCAGAAGCUGUCCCCAUUGUUGAGGCUGUUGUAGAAGCUGCACCUGAAGCUGCACCUGCGGUUGAGGCUGUUGCCGAAGCUGCAGCAUCUAUAGCUGAAGCUGCUGCUGCGGAAGCUCCUGCUGAACCCGCUGCCCCUGCAGCUGAAGCUGCCGCUGCAGUCAGUGAUGCUCCUGCUGCCGAAGCCCCUGCUGCAGAAGCUACACCAGUUUUGGAAGUUGCCCCUGAAGUUGCCCCUGCUGAAGCCCCAGAGGCUGCUGCUUCUGAAGCUGCCCCUGUAGAAGCUGCUGCAGAGCCUGUAGAAGUUGAAGCUGCUCCCACUGAAGUGGCUGCUGAGGCCUUAGCUAAAGUUUUGGCCCCUGUGGAGAGCACCGAGGAGCUGGUGGACCCUGCUCCAGUCGUAGUUGAAGCUGCCCCCACAGACAUGGCUGCUGAGGCUGCAGCUGAAGUUUUGGCCCCUGUGGAGAGCACCAAGGAGCUGGUGGACCCUGCUCCAGUUGUAUCUGAAGCGUCCACCACUGAAGUGGAUGCUGAGGCUGCAGCUUCUGAAGCUGCCCCUGUAGAGGCUGCUGCAGAUCCUGUAGGAGAUGCCCCCAAUGAAGUGGCUGCUGAGGCUGCAGCUGAAGUUUUGGCCCCUGUGGGGAGCACAGAGGACCUGGUGGACCCUGCUCCAGUCGUAGCCAAAGCUGCAGGAGAGGAGCUACAGGCGGAGUCCCCAGUUGAACCAUCUGAGGAAGCUCCAGCAGCGGCACCUUCAGAGCCCGAUGAGCCUUUUGACAACAGCACUUAUAAAAACUACCAGCACCACAACUACACCCCCUUUACCUUUGCAGACCUGGAUGUAGAGAUGGCCAAGUUUCGUCUGCCGCAGCCCUCCUCCAUCAGACACUAGAAGAGUUGGCCUGGCUGCAAACUGUUAUAUUGAAGAAAGAUAAUGGUGGUGGUGUUGUACCUUUUUAUGAUAAUUAUCCCCUUACCUGUCAGAUAAGCAUGACAUUCUGCUAUUAAAUCCUAUAUUAUUAAAUGAGAAAUGAA